GUCCUCAUCAMCAGACAGACCUGGACAGACGUGGACCCGUCCGGACCGGAGAGGAUGAAGAGAACAACGUUCCUGCUGGGGUUUGCAGUCGURCUGAGCUCCUGCUGGGCUCAGCAGUUGGAGCCGGGAGGCGUGGAGGAAGUUGGAGAAGAGGAAGAACAUGUGGAGCUUUUUACCACACCCACAACAAAGAUGGGGGCGGCGACCUCAGACUUCGGCUACAAUCUGUUCCGCGCACUGUCGAGCCGCGACGCUUCAGCCAACAUCUUCCUGUCGCCCAUCAGCGUGUCUGCGGCUCUGACCCAGCUGUCCAUGGGAGCUUCUGACAAUGCUCAGAGCCAGCUGUACCGAGCCCUGAGGUACCACACCCUGCAGGACCCUCAGCUCCACAACACCCUGAAGGACCUGCUGGCUUCGGUCCAGACUGCAGAGAAAGGUCUGAGCGGCGCCGCUCGCCUCUACUUGGCUCGACGACUUCGUCUGAAGCAGGACUUCUUCAAGCUGGUGGAGCAGCAGUACGGGGUCCGGCCCAAACCCUUACAGGGAGGAUCUAAAGACCAGAAGGAAAUCAAUGACUGGGUGUCUCAGCAGACAGGAAGGAAGGUUCAGCAGUUCCUGACCAAACCCCUGCCCCGUACAGCCGGGGUUUACGCUGUGAGCGCCGCCUACUUUAAAGGGAAGUGGGCGACCCGCUUCAGUCAGAGCGGAGCUCUGGAGAACUUCCAGGUGGUUGGUGGGGCUCCAGUCCAGAUUCCCAUGAUGCAACAGGACAACUACCCUGUGAAGAUGGGGGUGGACUCGGACCUGGGCUGCACGAUCACUCAGAUCCAGAUGCAGAACGACGUCAGCAUGUUCGUCUUCCUGCCUGACGAGGUGACGACCAACACAUCUCUGCUGGAGGAGAGUCUGACUGCAGAGUUCGUUCAGGACCUGUCCAUGGCGCUCCAACCUGCCCAGGUGUCCCUGACUCUUCCUGUUCUGAGGUUCAGCUACUCCACAGACCUGCUGCCUCUGCUGGGAGAGCUCGGUCUCGCUGAGUGGCUGGAGAACCAAGAUCUGACAAAGAUCUCCACUCAGGCCGCCAAACUCGGCAGCGUCAACCACAAGGUGGUCAUGGAGACAGCCCCUGAGGGUAACCAGUACCCCAGUGCCGCCUCCACAACCUCCCACCUGACGUACCGAGUGGACCGGCCCUUUGUCUACGUGAUCCGGGARGAACCAUCGGGGGCGUUGCUGUUCAUCGGCAAGGUGGUCAACCCCAAAGACCUGACAAUAUAACACACACACACAUACCCACACACACACACACACACACACACACACACACACACACACUCUUAGCAGGUCCUAGGAGGGAUUUCAUCUGUUUGUGAUGGAAAAGAUGUUUGGUUUUUACUUUUCAUGUUGAAACACGGUUUGAUUGAAACUAAUCCAACAGAAAAAUCAAACAGGAAAUGUUUUAUAACAAAUCAAAUAUUGUCACUUGUUUUAAAAGUCAAUAAACAUGACAAUAAAAUCA